UUUUCUAAUCUUAUGAUUCGAAGUGUUUAGGUUCCUUCUGUUCUCUCCUCUCCAAAUUCAAUCUUUGUUUCCUUCUUCCUGCUUUUGCAAAAAUCGCUCGGAAUCAAUAAACUAUCUCUGAGAAUUAUAGAAGAUAAACAAACCAAAAAAUAAAAAAAUAUGGAAGGAGAGGGAGGAGAAGAGCUAAGCAUAGAAGAACUGGCCUCCAAUCUUUCAACCUACAAAGAUCAGCUUCACCAGGUAAAGGAGCUUUUAGCUGAUGAUCCUGUAAACUCUGAGUAUGCUGACAUGGAAAGAGAGCUCAAUGAGGUAAUUGCUCUGACAGAAGAACUACUUGCAACUGCAAAGCAAAAUCAAAGUUCUGGAAUAGAUUUUGGGACAAGUGAUUGUGCAUCUCCUAGUUUGCCCCAGACUCAGAGGAAUGAAAAUGAUUCAGGGAGCAUUUCUGACUAUCAUGACAAGUUUCCUCCUGGUACAAAAGUUCAAGCUGUUUGGAGUGAAGAUGGGGAGUGGUAUGAUGCUACAAUCGAGUCUCUCACUCCAAAUGGUUAUUUUGUUACUUAUGAGGGCUGGGGGAAUAGAGAAGAGGUGGAUCCAGCCAAUGUAAGGCCAAUUCAAGAAGGGGCUGUCAAUGCAUUGCUGGAAGCUGAAAGGGUUGCUGAGGCCACAAAACAAGCAAUCAAAAGGAAGAUUGCACAAGCUGCAUCUAUUGACUUCCAAUCACGAAGCUUACCAGCAAAACUUCGCAUAGAACCUGAUGAUCCUGAGGAUGUGAAAGCUACCAAACGAAAAAAGAUACAUUCUUUUAAGUCGAAGAUGAGGAUGGAGCAACUAGAAGUUACGCAAAAUAAACGUCAAAAUGCUUGGCAACAGUUCCAAACAACCAAAGGCAAGACUAAGAAGAUCGGUUUCUUUUCUGGACGCAAGCGUGAGAGCAUCUUCAAGUCUCCUGACGAUCCUUUUGGGAAAGUUGGGGUGACUGGGAGUGGGAAGGGCUUGACAGACUUUCAGAAGAGGGAAAAGCACUUGCAUCUCAAAGGCGGAACCGCUGAGAAUGAUGAUGAAGCUCCUUAGCUCCAUGUUGUCUCCGUAGAAGGGGAAAAAGAAAAAGGAAAUAUCUUCUUUUGCUCUCUGUACACCUGGUCAAAAGGUUCAGUUUGAACUCGUUAACUGAAAAUCCAUAGUAGGAAAUGGGUAUUUGAAACUGUAUUUAUUGUUCUUACCCCCGUUGUUAGUAUUUUGCUAUAAUAGCCCCCUUCCCGGAACCUUUCGAGUUGUAUUGUGUUAAGCUUUUUUGCGUCUUGAAAUGAAGCAAUGGUUGGUUUCAGAUGAGAAGAGGCGAACAGAGCAGAGCAGGAUCUCGUUAAGAGAACACUUGAUAUAGAAAAGAGCAGUUAGCAC